AUGAAUUCAGGGGAUUUGGGGGCUCAACAUCCCCCUUUCCCGCGGCUGUGCAAUGGGAGCUUCCACUCUUGGUUUGCUGUUUUUUCUUCUUUUCUUUCCUCUUCCUUGGCUGAACCUGACGAAGGAAAAGAGGUGAAAAUACAUGCUGGUCCAAGGGAUGCUUCUGACAGCAUGCGGGAUGGUAUUCAUUGGUUCUUUGGAUGUCUCUGGCUUGAGACUGGUUUCCAGCAGCUUUGCUUAAGGAGUCUGCCAUCUGCUCUUCACGUGUCCUCUGCUUUCUCCAAAAGCUGA